AUGCUGCCAGACCUGCUGAGCUUUUCCAGCAACUUCUGUUUUUGUUCCUGAUUUACAGCAUCUGAAGGUCUUUCGGUCUUUAUUGCAAUAGUGUGAUUGGAUAUUGUUGGCUGGCCUCCAAUUCAAGGAUAACAUCUACUCAAGAUCACAAGUUUUUUUUCGAAGAAUUCGAUGAUUCAUUUCGGCAUUAUGGAAAAUUGUGAUAAGGCAGGAGAUUGUCUCCAUAUUGGCAGUUCUAAGUGUUAGUGGAACGUGGUUGCAAAUGGCUUUAGAAAAACUGGAAGGAGUAAUUGAGCGAUGUCGUGGCCUACCUGAAACAGAAUUUAAAGAAGAAGAUCACAGCGUUUUUCAGUCAGCAGCCUGCCAAUGCCUGGAAGAAGGGCACGCAACUAGACUUUUGGAAAUUCUGCAAGAUGAGAAAAACAAGGACUUUGUUAUCUGCAUGGGCUGGAAUGUUGUUGGUCCUAUUGUCAGUUGUGCUUUGAAAGACCAGCAAGAAACUGAGCACAAGGAAAACUGCUUGAAAAUACUCAACCAUGUAGUACAGAUAAGUAACCCAAAGGAGCUUCUAGUGGGUUUACUUGAACAGAUAGAGGAGUCUGUUGGAAAUAACAUCGCCAAAAUAAUCCUAUUGCUUCUGCAGCCACUUCAGAGAGUGCUGUUAAAGAUGAAACAUAAAAAGGCAUAUUCUGUGGGGUUGUCUCUUGCAACCAUUCAUAGCCAACUCUCCAAACUACCUGUACCUUAUACUAAUGAGCACCGUAAACAGGAUGAAUAUGAACUUUGCAAGUGUUGCAUGGCUGUAACCUCUUUUAUUAAACCAUUUGUGGAUGAAGUGAGUGACGCAACAGAAUCUGAGGGAAACCCUUCCUGUAAUGAGCUAAAGGAUGAACUACUGAAAUUUUGCAUGAAAAGUUUGGAAUACCCUCUGCUGACAGCACAAUUAUGUCCAUUAACUGAAGAGAUUGAGAACAACUCAUUGAAAACCUUUGCUGCUGAAAUUGUGGUUUACCUAUUAGCAAUGGGUGAGUCGCUUCCUGUGUUAAUGGCUCAUCAGUUGCUACGGUCCAGAAAGACAUUGCAAGAGAUUGACCCUCUGAAGGAAGAUGUGAAAUACCCUACAGAUUCUCUGGCAAGCUUGGCAUAUCUUUUAUUUGUUCAGCAUAUUGGCAUUGAUCAAUUUCCAGCUAUAUACAGUCCUGGAUACCUGCUUCUAGUUAAUAUGGAAUAUAUCGCUGCACUGAUUAGCAAGACAGAAGAGUCCAUUUUGUCUAAAGGUCUGGAAUUAUUUGAACAUUGCUUAUUAACAAUUGAAGAUAAUCAUCUCUGCCACAAGUAUUUGGAAAUGAAGAGUAUUCUUAGUGUUCCUCAGGAUUUAGUGAAGGUGAUGACUCUCUGUCCCAUUGAGCAUUUGCGAAAAUCAAGCCUAAAGAUAUUUCAGCAGUACAUAGACAAGUUUGAUCCAGAAGGAAAAUACAAAUUAUUUAGGUGCCUGUUUAAAACUAGCCAACAUGCUGGGGUACAAGGUUAUGUUAUACAAAAUCUUAAAAAUCAGAUUGACCUAGCAUUGAAGCCUGGCAAUAAAAACGUGUGGUUCUCAGGCCCACAAUUGAUUCCUCUACUUCAUUCAGUCCUUUCACUUCCUGAAGGAGCAGAAACAGACUUGCUUCAAAACUCUGAUAGGAUCAUGGCAUCGCUGAAUCUUCUAAGGUACCUUGUGAUUAGGGAUAAUGAGUGGGAGAAUCAAACUGGAUUAUGGACUAAUCCUUUCUGGAUUGAUAGCUUCCUGAAGCCACUGCGCACUGCUUUGAAUAUGUCUAGGGCUCAUUAUGAAGCAGAGGUGAGAAACAAAAGACAGAACCAGAAAAUCAAAGAUACCCCUGAUCGUGAAAUGCAAUGUUCGUUGACAGUUGGUGGUAAAAAGUUACCAAAAAUGACCACAGCUAUGCAGUUGGAGGUUCUACAGUCAGCUCUCUACACUUUUGACGUGAUGGAAAGUGUACAGGCACGAAUAGAGGAGCUGGUUGAACCAAAGAUGAAAUCCAGAGCAGAAGAUAAAAAUGUGGCCAGUGAAGCUUCAUAGUUUCUUUAGGAAGCUAUGUGAAAAUUAUGUGAAUGUAAUUUCUGAUCUUCUAGUCACAACUAGAGGGAUUCGCUUUGAAUGCUCCUCUUCAAAUCAGUCUUUAUGGAGGAUAAUUUCAGAUAUUUUCAUGAGGUACUUGUACUGAAAUUCUGGAAAGAGACUACACAGAAGAGGUCAUAGUAUACAAAUUUAUUUAAAGUUUGAAAAGAAUUUUCAGCUUGAUUGCCUAAUGAGUACAAUGAACACCUACAGGUAGUUAAGAAUUAAUAAUGAUAUGAUGUUUGUAAAUAAAAGAGCCACAUCAAACUUCUUAAA